UAGUAACAUCACAAGUGCCCAUUAGUAAGAGGAAUUCUACCGGAAUUACUGGUUUUUUUUGUGGCCUCUUUAACAUUAUUUUGACGCACUUCUUUAGCUCAAAUGUAGUGAAUUAUACGAAGUAUUGUAUACCGUGUUUAUAAUUUUAUAUGCUCUUCUUUUAUAGAGUGGUUUCCUUGGGUAAAUGAAACAUCAAAUCUGCAUGUAUGGUAGUAGUCUAGUAGAGUAUUAUUUGAUAUGUAUGAUAAUAUUUUUUUUUUUUUUUUAAAUCUAGGAAAUAGUAGAGUAUAGUAAAGUAAAGACAUUAUCAACACGACCAUUAAGAUUUGCUACGUGCACAUUUCAAUAUUCCAUGUAUAUUUCAUAAUUUCCAAAGAUAAGGGUGGCAUGAUUUAUUCCUCUUGCUCUAUUCCUAUGCGUGUAAUUAGUUACUCGUACUACUCUUGCUCUAUUCCUAUGUAAUUGGGCACCACGUUCCUAACUUUACCCAAUAUAAGAUUAAGUAAAUACGGAGUCCUUGUAAUAAAGAAUCGAUGACAACAUAAUAAAAACUUUUCUUAUUUGAUACAAAGUGAAGUUGUAUAUAUACUCCGUAGUUUACAUGGAGAUGGAGUACGUAAUAAUAAAAACUAAAAUUAUUUAUUGUAAACUUUGGAGGUUUAAUAAAUUUUAUUGAUUUCAUAUUAGGGUAACAAGAAGAAAAGGUGAAAAAAUUGUAUAUACAGUGAAACCAACACCAUUGCAGAUUUACAAGUAAACUAAUAGCCAAAGUAGAGAUCGAUUUUUUUUAUUAUUAUUAUUUUUUUAUUUUAUUAUUAUUAUAAUUUUUUUUUUUUUUUUGAAAUGAAGAAAGAUAGAAUCCAUUGAGUAUUAAAUUAGAUCCAAAUCUCCCAAAGUUGUAAGCUGUAGGGAUUGAUUGCUUGGUUGUAAGUUGUAGGAAUAUUUCAUGCUUGAAUUUCUUCAUUGUAAAAGUUUAUGACUAAUCUUUUCUAGAAGGUAUGACGUAUAAUAAGUAUAUUUAACCUAUAAUGCAACAAAUUAAAGCUAAGGUUAAUGCUUUAAUUGAGUGUAAUUGUGUGAAAACCUAGCUAAAGAAUAUUUGGAUUGUAUAAAAGUAUUACCCCCAAUGUCAAGCAAAUCACAUCAUAUCUUUACUUAACCUCAUCAAGUGUCAUAUAUGAGCAACAAAUCAGCUACUCUUCAACUUUGCAUUGACACAAAAUGUCUCAUAAUCCAACUAUUUUACUUGGAUUAUUUGCCUAAGUCUCUUAAGGAUUUCAUGGGCUGGCCCAAUUUCACUUUUGUUGGGGUUGAAGUGGCUGAUGAUGUGGCUAAGUUGAGGGAUGAGUAUGGGCUGAUCUGUGCUAGGAGCAGGGAUAUUCAGGCCCAUGCUUUGGGCCUUUGGCCCAUAAGGUGGUACCGAAAGCCCGGUCUUAAAGUUCUUGCUCGCGAUAUCGCCGGGCUUUAUAUGGCUAAGCCCAUUCAUGUUUGUAGGAGUGAUUGGCAAGCUAGGGUGCUGAGUAAGGAGCAAGUGGAGUAUGCUAGUAUUGAUGCUUAUGCUUCUUACAAGAUUGGUUGCAAGUUGUUUAUGGAGUAAAUGAGUAAUUAAGUAAGGAAUAAUGAUGUUAAGAUGGUUUGCAAUUUACUAUUUGGUAAUGUUAUCUACUAAAAAUUAAGUUCUCUAUGUUUUUAUGUAACGAGUGUUGUGGAGUUUGGUGAUAUGUACUCCUUACUCCUUAGUUGUAAUAGUUUCUAAUGAUAAUGUGAACGAGUCAUCAAUGUUCUAGCUAUUAAAUCUUAUGUCUUCUUUAAUUUUACAAUUUUCAUAUCAAAAUUAUUCCAAUUGUCUCUUCAAUUCAAAUUGUCUAUAGGUUUUUUUAUUAUUUAUUUAUUUAUUUAUUUAUUUAUUUUUUAAUUUAAUUUUUUUAGACAAAAUAAUUGUGCAUAUGCAUGCAAGUGCGGAUCUACAAUAGACCGUAGACUCCACUAGUAAUCGUUUUUUUAAUAGACUAAUACCAAUUUCAAUGUAAAAUGAAUGUUGAAUUAGU